CGCCGUCUAGCUCCUCCUUGACGCCCGCGCUCGCGAUCCGCGGCAUCCUCCGCCGCCCGCCGCGCGCGAAGGGGGCCCCUCUACGAUCUCCGGCGGAGACGCUGGCAGCGCCGGGGGGGGCGGCUCCAAUGGCUUCGGAGGCGGAGGGGCAGUGGGCGCUGUUGGCGACGGGGCGGGCGCCGACCAACAUCGCGGUGAUCAAGUACUGGGGGAAGCGCGACGAGGCGCUCAUCCUCCCCGUCAACGACAGCGUCAGCGUCACCCUCGACCCCGACCACCUCUCCGCCACCACCACCGUCGCCGUCAGCCCGUCCUUCGCCUCCGACAGCAUGUGGCUCAACGGCAAGGAAAUCUCGUUGUCAGGAGGAAGGUUUCAGAGCUGCCUGAGAGAGAUCAGGAGGCGUGCUCGUGAUUUUGAGGAUGAAAAGAAGGGGAUCAAGAUAAAGAAAGAGGACUGGGAGAAGUUGCAUGUCCACAUAGCUUCGUAUAACAACUUCCCCACCGCUGCUGGUUUGGCCUCCUCAGCUGCUGGCUUUGCUUGUCUCGUUUUCACCCUUGGAAAGCUAAUGAAUGUGAAAGAAGACUAUGGAGAGCUUUCUUCAAUAGCAAGGCAGGGAUCUGGGAGUGCAUGCCGCAGUAUCUAUGGUGGAUUUGUGAAAUGGUGUAUGGGAAAAAAAGAUGAUGGGAGUGACAGUAUUGCGGUGCAGCUUGCUGAUGAAGCACAUUGGAAGGAUCUUGUAAUUAUUAUUGCAGUGGUCAGUUCAAAGCAGAAGGAAACAAGUAGCACCAGCGGGAUGCGGGAUAGUGUUGAAACAAGUCCCCUCUUGCAGUACAGGGCCCAGACUGUAGUGCCAAGUCGGGUGUUGAAAAUGGAAGAGGCUAUCAAGAAUCAUGACUUUGAAUCGUUUGCCAAGUUAACUUGUGCUGAUAGCAAUCAGUUUCAUGCUGUAUGUUUAGAUACGAGCCCUCCCAUCUUUUAUAUGAAUGAUACAUCACACAGGAUAAUUAGCCUUGUAGAGAAGUGGAACCACUCGGAAGGAUGCCCACAGGUUGCCUACACCUUCGAUGCUGGCCCUAAUGCUGUUUUAAUUGCACGAGACCGUAAAACUGCAGCACUUCUCCUUCAGAAGCUCUUGUACUAUUUCCCUCCACAUGGCAAGGAUUUGAGCAGCUAUUUGGUCGGCGACAAAUCAAUUCUAAGUGAUGCUGGAUUGCAUUCCAUAGAAGACGUUGAGGCUCUCCCAGCGCCUCCAGAGAUGAAGAUACAUGAUCAGAAAUUCAAGGGCGACGUUAGCUACUUCAUCUGCAGCAGGCUUGGGGCUGGCCCAAAGGUUGUCACUGACGAAAGCCAAGCGCUGCUUAAUUCAAUCACGGGGCUUCCGAAAGGAGCGUGAUUUUAGAGUACUGGUUUGGUUUGAUACAUUAGGAUUGCGUACUAUCUUGUUUUCAUGCAGGGAAUUAGAGCAUAUCCUACUCUAAUUUGCAGUGCUGUAGGUUUGAUCCUGUACUAUUGUCGAUCCAUCCAUUUGGGCUGGUGUUUGUUGUGUUGCUGAUGCAAAAUAAAAAAUGGCGUGGCUAGCUGUUUUCAAUAAAAGAUUGUGGGAUAAGCUGUCUCUCUCUCGUUUUCUCCUCACCAGACAGCUCGUA